UCUCUUUUUCUCCUUGGCGUCUACAAAAAAACGAUGAUACCAAAGCCAUCAGCAAAUCUCAACCGUUAGAUUCGCUAAAUAAAACCCGAUCGUUCUCCACCGUAGAUCAAUUCACUUAUCCCCUUCAAUCAGCCACUGGCUUACGGCCCUCUUGGAUUAGCAGCAGUUAGAUAAUUAACAGCGCUUCUCUCUCUAGAAUCUCGUCACUGAAAAUACUUGUUUCUCUCUCUAAAACUGAAUCUUCAAAAUCCCAGGGUUUUGGUGUGAACGGAUUUUUAAUGGAAAUUGAAAAUGGGGUUGAGAGAAUUGGCGGGGCGGAAUUGGGAGAGAAAAACGACGGGGAAAUUCAGGUUGUGGGGCGUGAUAAUGAGGUGGAGGAUGUUGUUGAGAGAUUGAAAGAUGUUGAAGAGGAGGUUUUUGAGGAAGCGAUUGAUUCGCAAGAGCAAUUGCUGAAAGAGGAGGAUAAAGUUGAGUCGGGUGUCAGUGUCGAUAAUGUUAAUGAUUCGGUUUCGGAACUGGUGGAUGAGAAUUUGAAUGUGGUUAGUGAAUUGGAGAAUUUUGAGGAGGCGAGUGAUGUUGAUGUUCCUGUUGUUGAGGGUGACAGUGGUGAGGAGGUGGAUGGUGGAGUAGUUGCUGAAGAGGAGGUGAAGGAUUUGGUGGGUGGUGAUAGUGUUGAUAAGAUUGAUGAGGGGGGAACUGGUAAGGAAGUGGGAAGUGAUGAGUUGAAUGGAGAAAAGGAGGUUUUGGAGAUUGAUGGUGAUGAAGGGAUUGAGGUUUUGAAGGAUGCAGUCGAGGUGGAUUCUGGUCAUCAAGCUGAAUUGACCGGGGAGAUUGUGCCUGAUAAUGGAAAGCAGGAAUUGAAGGAGGAUGAGGCAGAUACUGAAUAUCAGAAAACCACGGGAGUUACUGAGGUCUUAGCUGAGCUUGAAGAGGGAAAGACUGAAGGUUAUCAUGAGAAUCUGCCUAAGAUUGAUGCAGAAUAUGAGAUUGUAAAAAGUGAAAAACUGGAGACCGGUGCAGAAUAUCAAGGUGUAAAAAGUGAAAAACUGGAGACUGGUGCAAAAUAUCAGGGUGCAGAAAGUGAAAAACUGGAGAUUGACGAUACACCUGUUCUUGAAGCUGAAUUGACUAGGGAGAUUAUGUCUGGUAACAGAAAGGAGGUGGAUGUGCCAAGUACUGAAGCUCCGGGAACUGCAAUUGAGCCUUUGCUUGAGCUUAAGGAGGGCAAGGGUGAAGAUUUUGGUGAGAAUCUGUCGAAGAUUGAUGCAGAAAAUCUGGGUGUAAAAAGUGAAAAACUGGAGGUUGAUGAUAUGCCUGUUCUUGAUUAUGCAAAUGGGGUGCAUGAGAGUGAAAAACAGCAAGAUAAUUCUAAAAGCUUGGAUGUAGGGCCUGAAGAUGAUAGCAAUGGAGAUGCAAAGAAAGCAGCAGUUCUAUUGGAUUCUAUUCAUCAAGGUGAAUCUGAGGAGCUUAUUUCUAGUUCAGCUGUUGUACAUACCGAGGAAGUGAUAGAUGUGCCACAAAUUCUGAACUCACAAUCAGAAACAAUUGUGAACAACGGUAAUAAGGAGCCUGUGACUCGUGAAGCUAGUAUUACAUUAGAGGAUAACAAGGUUGCUAAAGCAGAGGAUGACAAGGUUUCUGAACCACUACAUGCUAAUCAGUUGGUUAAUGGUGUUGGCAAGGACAAUAUUGUCAUUGAUGAGCCCAAGAAGGAAGCAGAAGUCAAGAAAGAGAAGCACAAUCAAGGAAAUGGUGAAAGAACAAUUUCACCUCCAGUAAAGCUUGUUUCUUCCUCUGAAAGGUCCACCGGUUCUGCUCCCUCACCUGUUCGUCCAGCUGGCCUUGGGCGUGCUGCCCCACUGCUGGAACCUGCUCCUCGAGCUGCGCAGCAGCAGCAGCAACAGCGUGUUAAUGGAGCUAUGUCUAAUGUUCAUUCUCAGCAGAUUGAUGAUCCUGAAAUUGAUGAGUAUGACGAGACUCGUGAAAAACUUCAGAUGAUCAGAGUGAAAUUUUUGCGACUUGCCCAUAGGCUGGGGCAGACUCCUCAUAAUGUUGUUGUGGCACAAGUUUUGUACAGGUUGGGAUUAGCUGAGCAACUGCGAGGGAGAAACGGAGGCCGAGUUGGUGCCUUCAGUUUUGAUCGUGCAAGUGCGAUGGCAGAGCAGCUUGAGGCAGCUGGGCAAGAACCCCUUGAUUUUUCUUGUACCAUUAUGGUUCUUGGAAAAACAGGAGUAGGCAAAAGUGCAACAAUCAAUUCAUUGUUUGACGAAGUAAAGUUUGGGACUGAUGCUUUUCAAUUGGGCACAAAAAAGGUUCAGGAUGUUGUAGGCACUGUUCAAGGGAUUAAGGUACGGGUCAUUGAUACACCAGGCCUUCUUCCUUCUGGGUCUGAUCAGCGCCAGAAUGAAAAGAUUCUCCAGUCAGUCAAGUGUUUUACUAAGAGAACUCCUCCAGACAUUGUCUUGUAUCUUGAUAGGUUGGACAUGCAAAGCAGGGACUUUGGGGAUAUGCCCCUCUUGCGCACCAUAACUGAUAUAUUUGGGCCAUCAAUUUGGUUUAAUGCUAUUGUUGUCCUGACUCAUGCAGCAUCAGCUCCACCUGAUGGUCCAAAUGGUACUGCUUCAAGUUAUGACAUGUUUGUCACUCAACGAUCUCAUGUUGUUCAACAAGCAAUCCGUCAGGCAGCUGGUGAUAUGAGACUUAUGAAUCCAGUUUCAUUAGUGGAGAACCACUCGGCAUGCAGAACCAAUAGGGCAGGACAGAGAGUUUUACCUAAUGGUCAGGUUUGGAAACCUCAUCUAUUAUUGCUGUCUUUUGCAUCAAAGAUUCUUGCAGAAGCAAACACGCUUUUGAUGUUGCAAGAUAGUCCUCCUGGGAAGCCUUUUGCAACUCGAUCAAGGGCGCCUCCUUUACCUUUUCUGCUCUCAUCUCUUCUCCAGUCAAGACCACAACUUAAGCUGCCUGAGGAACAGUUUGGCGAUGAUGAUGAUGCUCUGGAUGAUGAUGAAGAGUCAUCAGAUUCUGAGGAUGAAUCAGAAUAUGAAGAGUUGCCCCCAUUCAGAAGUUUGACUAAGGCCCAGGUGGCCAAGCUUUCUAGAGCUCAGAGGAGAGCGUAUUUUGAUGAGUUAGAAUACAGGGAAAAGCUUUUUAUGAAGAAGCAGUUAAAGGAAGAGAAAAGGCGGCGAAAGAUGAUGAAGAAAUUAGCUGCUGCAGCCAAGGACAUGCCUAGUGUGCCUAGCGAUUACAAUGAGAAUGUAGAAGAAGAAAGUGGUGGUGCUGCUUCAGUGCCAGUUCCCAUGCCUGAUUUAGCAUUGCCAGCUUCUUUUGAUUCUGAUAAUCCCACACAUCGGUAUCGAUAUCUUGAUAGCUCCAACCAGUGGCUUGUAAGGCCUGUUCUAGAAACCCAUGGUUGGGAUCAUGAUGUUGGUUACGAAGGUAUAAACGUGGAAAGAUUGUUUGUGGUUAAAGACAGAAUCCCAGUAUCUUUCUCUAGCCAGAUAACAAAAGAUAAGAAAGAUGCCAACGUUCAAAUGGAACUAGCGAGUUCUGUUAAGCAUGGGGAAGGCAAAUCAACUUCCUUAGGUUUUGAUAUGCAGACUGUGGGGAAGGACAUGGCUUAUACUCUGCGCAGUGAGACACGGUUCUGUAAUUUUAGGAAAAAUAAGGCAACAGCUGGUCUAUCUGUGACUCUUUUAGGCGAUGCCUUAUCAGCCGGAUUGAAAGUUGAAGAUAAAUUGAUUGCAACUAGACGGUUCAGAAUGGUUUUGUCUGGUGGUGCAAUGACUGGUCGUGGCGAUGUAGCUUAUGGUGGGAGUUUAGAGGCCCAACUGAGAGACAAGGAUUACCCGUUGGGUCGGGCCCUAUCAACACUUGGGCUCUCUGUAAUGGAUUGGCAUGGUGAUCUUGCUCUUGGCUGUAAUAUACAAUCCCAGAUCCCCAUAGGACGAACCACAAACUUAAUCGCCCGUGGCAAUCUGAAUAAUAGGGGGGCAGGGCAAAUCAGUAUUCGAGUAAAUAGCUCGGAACAACUUCAGAUUGCUUUGAUUGGACUCCUUCCUCUACUGAAGAAGCUGUUCAGUUACCCUCAACAAUGGCAGUCUUGAUAAUGAUGAAAAGACUAGAUUGUUUAUGCUGCAGCAAUCAUACCAAAGAUAGCAAACUUCUGAUGCGCCAUCUGACGAUUGGUCGAUUUUAAAAGUGAGUAAAAAGGCUGCUUAUCUUCUUUCAUUUUUGUUCUCCAAAAUGCCAUUUUCUUUUUGUUUAAAAUUUGAUCAUUAUGUUACCUUGAUUACAGUGACUAGUUUGCUUUGUUGAAAUAUUUUCACAUGGUGGUUAUAUUGCUAUUGCUAAGCUGCCAGGCACCUCACCUUUGUUUCUGGCAUGUCAAAUCCUCAAACCUAUGUCCUGUAUGGGUGUAGAAGAAAUAGGGUUACCUUGUAUAAUGUAUAUAGUUACUUUGGUUUCAAAGUUUUAGGCUUAGAAUUGCAUGUGUUUUGUUUUUUGGUUUUGGCUUUUGUAGAGGCUAGAAUAAUAACAAAAGUUCUGGUCGCUUGCCAUUCAAUCAAGUGUGCCAUGGACAGAUGUGAUAAAACUCAUCUUAUUUGAGAAGCAAUGAUUAGAUUUCUUGCAUUUUUUUCCCUGUCUGGGAGGGUUGUACAAGUCUAAUAUAUAUGUACUUCGUUUUGAAUUUGGAAGCUACCUUUUCUCUAAAAUGGUUUAGUUAUUCUUUUGUUGA